AUGUUUGGAAAAAUUUUAUAUUUUUGUUAAUUUUAUUUACCGCCGAUAUUCGAAAAAAAGUUUCAAAUAAGUACCUAACAAAUAAAAACAAAAAGUUUUCCCAAAAACAAGCCAUGUCUGGUGAUCAAGUUUUGCAGAAACCAUUGUUAUCCUCUGAAACCCCUGCAAAACAAAAUGAAACCAGUGACAAGUCUAAAGAACCCAAAAAUAUUAUUGUGCGUGUUAAGGGACAUAUGAUUGAAUCAAAUUUAAAUCCAAAUGCUUUAGAAUUUAUACCCUCCUAUAAGCGAAAUAAGCCACAAAUUCUAUUAAAUGAAGAUCUGAGAAAAUCGGUUUUAAAAGAAGCCAUAGAAGAUAAAUUAAUCCAAGAGAAAAGCUUUAAAAAGGAUGAACUUUUAAGAAAUGAAAUGGAAUUAAUACAGGAAUAUAGAAGUAUCGAAACUAAUAAUAUAAGAGAUAUGGCAGAUAUCGAAGAAAUAGAAAAAUUCAAUAAUGAUAUUGAAAAAAAUCAAUUGUUAACAUUAUUUGCUAGUUCUUCUAGAGUUAAAGAUUCAAGUUCAGAAACUGAAAAAUCGAUAUCAGAAGAUGAUUGCAGAACUGAAAAUGUAUUAGAGGAAACUAAAGAUGAAAGAGGAGUUGAGUUAAAAAAUUUAAAUCAUGAAAAUAAAUCGGGUUUAAUUGAACAUAUUUCAAAAUGCAGCGAUGAUAACCACAAUGUAUGUGAUGUUAAUCAAGCGCAUGUUAUGGAAAAUCAAGAACAUCUUCAGGAAUAUAAAAGCUUAGCAGAAAACCCUGAAAGUAAGCCUGAUAUUAAACCUCAAAGUUUGAAAAUUGAGAAACUAGUGCUAAAAGAAAAUUUAAAAGGUAUAUGUGGAAAUAAAACAAAAGUUUGUCCAAUUAUAAAAGAUUCCAUUAGAACAAAUGUUACUACACCUGGCAACAAACAUAAGUUACAAGCUAAUGACAAAAUUUUGAAUAUAAAAGACCCUAAAACAAAAUUAAAUUUAACAAAAACAGGAACAGUUGGUAAAACAAACGUAACAACAUCUCAACAAAACCAUGAUAAUGUUUCAAAAACACAAGCUAUUGGAAAAACUAAUGUAUCAACAGCUCAGCAAUAUCAAGUUAAAGAAUCCAAAAAACUAAGUACAAACAAAGAAACUAAACUAAAAGCACCAGCAGCAAUUUCUCAAAACUCCAAAAUAUCCAAAACUAUGAAAAAUAAUUUAAUAACAAAAACAACAACAGAUUUAAAACAAUCAAGUUUAUGCACAAAGAAACCUGCAAUCCAACCUAGUACAAAUGAAAGGAGAACUAGCAAAAACAAUGACUCCAUAUCAAAUAGAUCUUCCAGUUUCACCGACAAAAGUUCAACCUCUACCAGAUCUUCUACGCAAAGUAGUCGAAUAAAAUCUAUGCAAACUCCUAAAACAAAAGAUUGUCCUUUAAAAUCACCCAGAGCUACGGUAUCUUCGAAAUUGCGUAAAACGGAAACCCAAAAACGUCGAAAUUUAUUUUUUGAUCUUGAUACUAUUAAAAUGUCGGACUUUUUAUUUAAAUAAAAUAU